AUGGCAACCAAUCAGGGAAACAGCCCCUUUGCCAGAGUAGCUUAUCUUCGCAUGAGCAAACCUCAAGAACGAGAUGCCGAAAUUAUGAGGCAUUCGCUCUUUGGAGGCAGAAUCAACCUACACAAUCUCAUUGAGGUUGCUUGUACCAGAUCCUCUCUUGAGCUGCAUUUCAUUAAGCAAGCUUACAACUCCCGCUUCAAUUCUAAUCUUGAACAAGAUAUGGGCACUAAGCUCAAUUCUGGAUUCAAAGAGAUUCUGCUGGCAGUAAUGAAGUCAUCUCAGUACUACGCUGGCAAAGCAGAUACCAGCAUGGCUAUGUGCGACGCUAAGACCCUCUAUGAAGCUGUUGAAACUGGCAAGACCAUUGAUCAGAGAAGCAUAGUUUUGAUUAUGAGCCAAAGGAACACUGGACAGAUUAAGGCCAUACUAAGCUCCUACAGACAGCUGUAUGGCCACGAAUUCUCUAAGGCAAUCAAGCAAAGCAAAUGUGGGCAAUUUGGGAAAGAACUUCGAGUGAUGAUUAGGUGCAUACAGAACCCGGGAAAAUUCUUUGCAAAGCAACUGAGGAUGAAAAGUGGAGAUGGAAGAGAGCUAUUGAUUCGAGUGGUAGUAACCCGAUCAGGAAUAGACAUUAAAGAUAUAAACAAUGCUUUCACUGCUAAAACAGGCAGUUCCCUUGAAAACCUUGUGAGGAGAGAAUUUAACAACAAGGACAGCAAGACCAAUGGCAUUGUAGCUGCCAUUUUAACUGGACUGAUAAGAGGAUGA